AUGGCUCCUUGGGAGGACUUCGACACCAUCUUCUACUUCAAUAAGAACUUCACCUACGAUGACAAAGCCAUUGACCACAUUCUGUCCAACCGUCGUGCGCUAGAGAACCAGCUCUUUGCCGACCGGCUCUUUGGCUUGCUUGGUGUCCAAGCUGGUAGGCUCUUUUCCCAUGUCUCCAAGCAUGAGGAGCUUAGUAUUGACGAUGAUGGGCAUACAGUAACACAACUCUACCCCCCGAAAUCAAAUGCUGACCUUCGGGCGCUCGUCAAUCACAUUGUCUCUUCCGCACUGGACAUCCAUCACAAGCAAGCAUUGAUCUACUACAUCCUGAAAGACUGCCGCGCAGCGAACGAUGCGGCCUCACAAUUUGCGCGCCGGUGUCACCUGCCCGAGAAGUACAGGCUGUUCAUCGAAGGUCUCUGGAAUCUAGACCGACUAGAGCUGAGGCGCGCGAUCGAAUACCUGACCGAGCCAUCCAUUAUCCCCACGUUCCCUGAUGACAUCCUCUACGUUCUUACCCUUCCGCAACUCCCAAAACACGAUGAUAGCCUUGCGAUGGCAUAUUACCUUACUGUGACUCCACCGUUGGCGGCACCAAAAGUGCAGAAAGCGUACUUUGAAAUACUGUGCCGUUCCAGCAUCACAGAAGCCUUCUAUUUCACAAGGAAACGCGAUGAUGGUCUCCGGCGCGCAUACUUGGAACAACUCAUCGUGUUUGUUCAUACGACGAGUCCUGGCCAAAUGCGAAGCCAACGAGCCAUGGAAUUGAUCGGUCUCCCGUUCGACCAUAAAGAAGAAGAAUGGUUUGAGGAAGCACUGCUGCGUGGAAGCGCAAAGACCCUGCAUGGGGCCAAGGACACCGCCAUGAUGCGGCGCUUUGCAACGGGGAAGAUGGAUGGUCUUUCCGCAGAAUUGGAGUCGGUAGGAGGGAAGAAGAUCGAUGGACUGAACUGGGAUGCCCUUCGGCAGAGCACGAAACACUCGAAUAUAGUGUACCCCAGCACAGAUGGUCAACUGUCAUGA